AAAACUACACCACCCAGUGUUCUGGCACUUCCGGUGAGUGUUGCGUCACAGUACCAGAGUAGCAACUGACUUCACUAGCAAGGUGGUCUCUUGCCACUGCCUCUGAUGCUUCCUUCUGUUCUCCGCUGUGUUCGGCCCGUCUCUACCAGUCUUUCCUUAAGCCGGCCUCUGGCCCACUUCAGACCGCACAUGGACCCAGACCCGAGCCGGCCCGUUGAGAGGUCUAUCAGAACUAAGCUGACCGACCAACUUACACCGGACCACCUGGAGGUCCACAAUGAAAGCCACAUGCACGCCGUGCCCCCCGGCUCAGAAUCACAUUUCCGCGUCCUGGUGGUCAGCUCCCAGUUUGAGGGUCUGCCAUUGAUAAAGCGUCACCGUCUGGUUAAUGAGGCUCUGAAGGAAGAGUUGAGUAGCUGCGUUCAUGCACUGGCUAUCCAGGCAAAGACUCCUGAGCAGUGGGGGAGUAAUCCCUCUUUGGCCAAAAGUCCACCUUGCCUGGGAGGCUCGAGGGGAGAUCACACGGUGGAGGAGAAACUGAAGGCCGGGCGGGAGUGAGAGUCGGACUCAUGAAGCUGUUGGACUGAACUGUGAAGAAGGCUGGUGAAUGCUGCACUCGAGGCAAAGAGAACUGUCAUCAAUGGAAUGACAGUCAGUAUUCUCUUACAGAUUUCAAUACAUACAUUUGUUUCUAUGGUUAUUCUAUCACAAUAAAAUAUGAAUCAUAAACAUCCAAUCCGGUGUAUCUGUUUACAGAGGUUAAAUCCGUGGAUAGCAAAAAGAUAUGCAGGUCGCAGUGGCACUGGAUUUAGGAAAAUGGUUGUGCUAAAGUUUCCAAAAUCCUGUUUUAGUAAAUGUGGAUAGUGAGUUAUUAGAUUAGGUUCUAAUUUCUUAAUGCCUCGUGAAAUUGACAUGUGAUGCAUGUGCUUUGGAGUUUAAUGUCAGUACCGCAUGCUUAACACACGAGGGCAGUCUGUGCUCACGUUAUGUGACGAACUGGAUUGGGCGAGUUGGCCGAUUAAAGAGAUGUCUUCAUUAUUCACCUGCAAA